AUGGUGUCCUUUACGCUGAAUCCUGAGGACUUGGAGUCCUCUCUGUGGCCUGUGAAAGUCCUGCUGACGGUGACAGGACUCUUCCCAGGAGGUCCACUCCUGAGGAAGCUCUACAACGCUGCUGUCUCAUUGGUCCUCAUGGCAACCGGCACCAUGCACAUCAUCCUCAACUUCUACCACGGCAUGGACCUGAUAGUCCUGUGCCACUUCAUGUUCGUCUCAGUCAGCUACUGCUCCAUAAUGGCCCACAUCUACAACAUGCUGCUCGGGAGGACGAAUUUCGUGGAGUUUUUCGUCUCGACGAUGGCCGAAGUCGACAGGAACGUGCUGGAUCGCCCGAAGAGGGAGUACUGGAGGUCCACGGUCAUGCAGCUGGUGAUGAUAUCGUGCGUUGCCGGUUUCUUCGGGGUGGCGGGGUUCUUCUGCUUCGACAGGGUGUGGCUCAUCCUACCGAGCAAUUUCCUUUUCUUCUACGCCAGUCUGUCGCUCACCAUGAUAUUCUCGGUCAUUUUCAACAUCUACGUGAUCACGGUGGUCUCCGUUCUGGGCGAGAGAUUCAGAGCCAUAAACGCGAAGUUGGAGGAGCCGUCGGAGCGCAAUCCGGUCUCGCACCUCGACUCUCGACCGCCGAACUCGCGCCCGCGAGGGAACUUCGUUCGCAGCCACGUCUCAGGCGCCCGUCUGUGGCGACAGAGGGUCGUCCGGCUGAUGAAGCUGCACAGCCGACUGUCCGACGUCGUCGAGUUCAUGAACUCCAUUUUCGGCUUCCCCAUCCUCCUGGACGUGGUUUCGUCGUUCGUCGUCAUAGUCACGUACCUGUACUACAGCGUCCCGAGCAACGUCAUGCCGUACAGGGGCUACUCGGUCGAGGACGCGGUCGUCACAGCUGCCCUGUUGAGCUUCGCCAACUUCUCCAAAGUCGCUCUGCUGGUGUACCACUGCGAGUCGGCCAGUUCCGAGGCCAACAGGGCGGCCAAAAUAAUCUACAAGAUCAAGCUCUUCAGCGCGGACGAUGUCGACGUCGAAUUUGCUCAAUGCGUCGGGAAUUUGAAGAUAGACGCGGAAGUGUCGCAGGUCAAGUUCUCGGGAUGCGGUUUCUUCUCCCUCGACUUCCAUUUCUUGGGCUCUCUUGUCACGGCCAUCACCACUUACCUGGUGAUACUUCUUCAGUACGGCCAUUAG